AUGAAAGCGGUAGCAUUGCGUGUAGAUCCUCAGAUCAGCUGUCUUUCGGCUCAGAUCGCAUUGACCCCACUCGACGAGUAUGUUGGUACCAAAAGUGUGUUAAAGUCAACUUUAAAUGAUGGCAAAAAAAAGUCUACAUCACAUUUACAAACAGAUACAGAUUUGCCAGUUGAUCACAUUUCUGAUCAACAACUCGAUCCGAGUUCCGAAUUGUCAAUCUCUCAGACGAGAACCAAUUUUUCGGAAACCGGUCACCAUGGCCGAGAUCGUAAACGUCCUGACGACUGGGCAGUUGGAGGAGCAGAAGAUGGCGUGAAUGGUGGAUCUUUGCCGAGAUUGAUUGUUACACGAUCAAUUCACGAUUCCACCGAAACAUUCAGUUCACCGCCAAUCCAUCCCUCCUCUUCGGAGGCGUGGAUUGAUGAGACGGAUCGUCUGAAACCGCCAAAAUGGUCUUCACCGCUGUUGACCGGCAAAAUGUCGGCUCGAGCGGAGCAUCACGAACCACCGCACGACACUUCGAAGUCGAGCAAAUGUCAACAGAAAGCGAGUUUUGAGCAGAAUCGCUGCAAAAGUGCACUGAAUGCCAACCGGACCGUGGCGUCAAGUCAACCGUUGACACAAAAAACCAGCAGUUUGACGCGCAGCCUGCAAGAGGAGGACUUCGCCCGACUUCCCGCGAUGGUACCGAUUAUGAGCGUCAACGACGUCAACAUGGACAACACGAUCACGGAACCGGUACUGCGAUCGCACAGCUGUUCGCAUGAUCGUGGCGGAGAGUCGGAUCUGUUGGCGAAUGUGAACGUGACCAAGAAUAGUGAUCCGGACAAUACGUUGAAUUUGGACGUGAACAUUGAGAAUGCAGACCCAUUCGAUGCCAACGAGUUGACACUCAGUCCAAGUGAUAAUCACUCGUGGUCAUGGCGAAAAAAGUGCAUUUACAAAGACGAUUCUACCAAAAUACAAGCACCGUUUGAUGUGGAAGCCGAGGUGGAGACGGUGCAAAGUGGGAAAAAUGGGAAAAAUGGGAGAAAUGUGGAAAAUGGGAAAAAUGGGAAAAAUGGGAAAAAUGGGAAAAAUUGGAAAAAUGUGGUUGUCGAUACGAGAAAAGAGAUAAGUGUCACGUCGGACGAGAUACCAUCGACUGGCGGUGGAUCUUCGUUGAGUCUUCAAGUUGUCGUCAAUCCAACUCGUCCGGUCAGUCCAUUUGAGGGAAUUUGUGAAAUGUUGUCAAGACCACGACUCAUGGAUUCACCAAUCACCAAUUGGAUGUCCAUUCCUAUGGACAAUGUGAGAGUGGAAAGUGUCUCAGAUAAUUGCUUUUCGUCGAAACUCACAUUUCCCCACUUGACGUUGGUCGGUGAGCGUCAAUUUGGCUCGGCGUUUGUCAAACAAUGCCGUACAAUUCGACCGACGUUGGAAGUCAGCUUGAAUGUUGUCACUCUGUUGGAAUAUGAAGGUCCUGAACCGGUGCAAAAUGGUCAAUCGGUCAAUGCUGAGGGUCAAUGUGUUUUGAACAAUCGAAAACCGCGUGGCAAGAUGGCACCAUUUCAAAUUAAGGUUAGUGCAAUAGCUGGACACUGGGAGACGGAGGGGUCGGAAGAAAAAUGUACAAUUAAUCAUGUUGUGGAACCAACAAAGAAAGAUAAUUCAUAUUGUCCAAUUAAAGAGGGCAGUUUAAGCACAAAAGAUGGGCAAUUUUCGUCAAAGUAUGCGAAAAACACAAUUUCCAGCACAAGUUCCACAGAGAAACGACAGUUGCCACGGGAUAAAAUAGAAAUUAUUCGUGAUAAAAAGGUUGAAAUUGGGCAAAAAUCGGAUAUUUCACCGAAAAAUACGCAAUAUUUCAACUCUGAAAUGGAAAAGGACAACCAUCUCGGCAGAUUGGACGUUGAACAGGCUCCGAUUUCGAUCAACCAGCCAUUUGAUAAAGUUGUAGAAGAAAAAAAAACAGAUUCUGCACAAUCUCGACAUGAAGAGGGUAGCGCUGAUCAAAAAGAAUCACAUUUUUCGCCAAAAGUUGUGAAAAGCCCAAAUUCCAGCGUUGGUUCUACAGAGAAACGAGAGUUGCCACGGGAUAAAAUGGAAAUUGUUGGUGAUGGUAAGGCGGAAAUUGGGCAAAAAUCGGAUGAUUCUCCCAAAAUAACGCAAUAUUUCAACUCUGAUAUGGAAAAGAAUAACGUGCUUGUCAGUUUGGACGUUGCACGGUCUCCGAUUUCGGUCAAACAGCCGACGGAUUCGAAGAAUAUGUUGUCAUUUGAUCAAGUUGUAGAAGAAAAACAAACAGAUUCUGCACAAUCUCCACUUAAAGAGGGUACCGUUGAUCAAAAACAAUCACAUCUUUCGCCGGAUCAUGUGAAAAGCCAAAGUUCCAGCACCGGUUCCACAGAGAAACGAGAUUUGCCACGGGAUAAAAUGGAAAUUGUUGUUGAUGGUCAGGCGGAAAAUGGGCAAAAAUCUGAUAUUUCACCAAAAGAUACACAAUAUUUCAACUCUGAAAUGGAAAAAAAUGACGAUCUUGGCAGAUUAGUUGUAGAAGAAAAAAAAACAGAUUCUGCAAAAUCUCCACAUAAAGAGGGUACCGUUGAUAAAAAAGAAUCACAUUUUUCGCCGGAUUAUGGGAAAAGCCAAAGUUCCAGCACCGGUUCUACAGAGAAACGAGAGUUGCCACUGGAUAAAAUGGAAAUUGUUGGUGAUGCCAAGGUGGAAACUGGGCAAAAAUUGGAUAUUUCACCCAAAAUAACGCAACAUUUCAACUCAGAAAUGGAAAAGGAUAACGAUCUUGGCAGAUUGGAGGUUACAGAAGCUCCGAUUUUGGUGAACCAAUCGACGGAUUCGAAGCAUAUGUUGCCAUUUGAUGAAAUUGUAGAAGAAAAAAAAACAGAUUAUGCACAAUCUCGACUUAAAGAGGGUAGCGUUGAUCAAAAAGAAUCACAUUUUUCGCCGGAUUAUGUGAAAAGCCCGAUUUCCAGCACCGGUUCCACAGAGAAACGAGAUUUGCCACGGGAUAAAAUGGAAAUUGUUGGUGAUGGUAAGGCAGAAAAUGGGCAAAAAUCUGAUAUUUCGCCCAAAAAUACACAAUAUUUCAACUCUGAAAUGGAAAAGGAUAACGAUCUUGGUAGAUUGGACGUUACACAGGCUCCGAUUUCGGUGAACCAGUCGACGGAUUCGAAGCAUAUGUUGCCAUUUGAUAAAGUUGUAGAAGAAAAAAAAACAGAUUAUGCAAAAUCUCCACUUCAACAAGAAUCACAUUUUUCGCCGGAUUAUGUGAAAAGCCCAAAUUCCAGCGUUGGUUCUACCGAGAAACGAGAGUUGCCGCGGGAUAAAAUGCAAAUUGUUGGUGAUGCCAAGCCGGAAACUGGGCAAAAAUCGGAUAUUUCACCGAAAAUCACGCAACAUUUCAACUCUGAACUGGAAAAGAAUAACAUUCUUGUCAGUUUCGACGUGGCCCAAACUCCGAUUUUGGUGAAUCUUUCUGCGGAGAGGUCAGCUUCACCGACUACGGUGGCCAAAUUGGUACCACAAUCGGAUUCGCCAAUGGCCUGUCUGCGACCGAGAAGCCAAAUCCAUUUGCCCAACAUGUUGACAAGACGUCAGUCGGCCGAUGGUGUCUGUGACGUGGUCACCGAUUGCGGCAAAACUGGCGGCUUUUCGGUAGAUGAAUUGUCACGUGUAUCGAUGCUGCCGUCAGAUCGAGAUCUCGAAAAUAUCGUCGACAUUGUGUAUGAUCUCGAUGUGGACGUCAGUCUACCGCCCGGCAUGGAUACAGUGUUGAGCAUCGAUUUGGACGAUCUCGAUGUGGAAGGUGUUCAACCACUUCAUCUCUAUCUCCAGCCUCAAAUGGACGCCAUUUUCGGUACCAAUUCGAAAGAUGUACAAUCUCCUCCGCCCGUCGACUCUUCCACGUUACAGCCAAGUUCACCGCCAAGUCUGUCGGGACGUGGCAACAGUAGACAUUUGACUCGAGUCACUUGUUGUCCUGUCGAGGCGAUCUCAUCGCCGAAUCAACAAUCGACCAUCGACAAUCAUCAAUUUGCAAAUUAUCCUUCAACACAUGAUGCAACAUGUGAACAAUCGGUUGCCAUGUGGUGCAAUGAGAUGAUGUGUGAUGUCCACUUUCCCAUCACCAAUCUGACAACCGACUCGGUGAUGUGCGUUGAAAUGUUCGAUGAAAAGACGGCAGCGUCAACUCGUGACAAUAGCGACAAUUGGUUGGGUUGCAUGUCGCCUAGCAACGGGGCGUACAGCUCCACGGCAACAGUGCACUAUCGCACGGUGGACAAUUGGAAAGGGGAAAAGAGUGCCGGUCGAAGGCAGUUUGAUGACUCGUUGAUCAGCUCGAGAACGACCAACAUGCUGGAAAUGGAGUCGAUCAUCAGAGCGUCCUACCCGUCGACUUUGGCUAAUGUGGAAGAAUUGGAUUUGACCCAAAUGUCACAUCGUGCCACCGACUGUCGGCAGACAACAUCACAAGAACAAUAUGAAGUUGACGGUAGACACGAUCGGACAGAUUUGUCAAUCAGCUGUCCGUUGGGCGAGACGACGGAAGAGGUGGAUUUCACGAAAAAGCACACUUCAAACCAGAACCAAAUGGAACAGUCGAAAGGACCUGAAAUGAAUGAGCUCACCUCGGACAAAUGUCCCAAAAAAAUGGGUGUUAAAGCCGAUUGUUUCGAGCAUCCAGUUGACAAUCACGCCGAACAGGUGACAGUCAACUCGGCCGAACCAACCGGUUAUGGG